AAUUGUGAAGACCUUCGGUGAAGUUCUUCAAAAAAUAGACAAAAUGUCAACUUUAGGUUGAUGUUGCUUUCUCCAACAGCAAAUUCCAUUUUGUUUAUAAACUCAAGACUGGCUUGCUUCAUCUUUGUCAAAAUGGAGAAAGAAAAAGAGGGGUGUGACAGUAAGGUGAUGGUGGCCAUAGAUGAAAGUGAGUCCAGUUACUAUGCACUCACUUGGGUUCUUAACAAUCUCAAAAACUCGAUUGUCAACUCGCCGCUUCUGAUCUUUUCUGCACAGCCUAUUCCUAAGAAUUACAGUGCAUAUGCUGCACAACUUGGCAUCGCUCGCAUUUACUUUCCAUUCUCACCCACCUUGGAUAUGAUUAGCACUGUUCAAGAACGAAAUAAGAAGGUCUCAUUGGGUAUCUUGGAGAAAGCUAAGAACAUCUGUGCUAGUCGAGGGGUAAAAGCGGAGACAAUUACAGAACUGGGGGAGCCAGGAGAGCUGAUAUGCAAUGCUGUUAAAAACUACAAAGUUAAUCUGCUUGUUCUGGGUAAAAAUGAAGGUGGAGCUUUAAAAAGUUGUUAAUGCAGGGCUUUUCUGGGGAGUGUGAGCAGCUAUUGCCUGAAUAAUGCCGAGUGCGCUGUCCUUGUUGUGAAGAAAAACCAGAAUGAAAGAGAACAUUAACCCAUAUCAAGCAUGGAACUUUUGUGCUGAUGAAAUCAAUAUUUUGCUUUCAUAUAUGUACUACUUCUUGUGAAUUACUAUAAGAUACGUUAUCAUUGUGAAUUACUUGCACUCAUCUACUAGUUGACAGAGAGGUUUGGAGAUCAUUAUCGAGGAAAUCCUGCACGAUGACAAAGUGUUUAAUGGUUACAUAAGAAAAAUUUUUAUUUUC